AUGCCGCCCAAGGCCCCCAAACCUACAAGCGAUGAGCUGCUUGCUCAGUUCGAUGACCUCGAUCUCGACAAAUCUAGCCAAGCACCAAAGCCAGCCGCAAAUGCCAGUGGCGGACAAGAGGAAGACAUUCUGGCCGAGUUGGACCACCUCGCCGCGCAGCGUCCAGCUAGCGGACCGGGGACUCCCCGUCUGUCUAUCGACAAAGCACGAGCAUCGGCACGGUCCCCCAGGCCGAGUGCGACCAUUGAACGCCCGACUGAAGACAAGCCGGUCCGCCAGUCUGAAGAGACAAAUCGACCCCCGCGCGCGGAAAUCAAGGAGCAGCCCAAGCCUGAACCCGAGAAUGCUCCGGCACAACCAGCUGAGGAGAGUGGUGGCUGGUGGGGCGGCUGGGGAGGAGGACUAUACGCCACUGCCACUGCAGCUAUGAAGCAGGCCGAGGCGGCGGUCAAAGAGAUCCAAAACAACGAGGAGGCACAAAAAUGGGCCCAGCAAGUCAAGGGCAAUGUCAGCGCCCUUCGAGAUUUGAGUGGCGAGCUUCGUGACAGGGCCAUUCCAACCUUCACCAAUCUCAUCCACACCCUCGCACCCCCGAUUUCCUCGCAUGAACGUCUCCAAAUCCACAUCACUCAUGAUCUAUCCGGAUACCCAGGCAUCGACCCCUUGGUCUACGCUGUAUUCUCGCGCGUUAUGUCUCAAGUCGAAGGCGGCGACCUCCUAGUGAUCCAGCGCGGCCAAGAAUCGUCCCCCAGGCGUCUCGACGUCACAGGCCUAAUGACUAGCGCUGGGUGGAACGACGGGCCCUGGUGGCGAACCGUCACACCUGGACAACCGCGCAGCAUCAACUCUGUGCGCGGCGCAGUGGAGGGCUCAAAGCUAGCCCGAGCCAGUGCUGAGUCUUACGCUACAGAAUACUUCUCGAGCCGCGGUGGAGUGGAAGAAGCAGCCAAGCAUGCAUCGGAAAGUCUCAGCGAGUCGAACCCUGUUCGCAGUAGCGAUAUAUUCCUUGCUAUUCAGGCUAUCAGCCAGACGGUGUCGAAGGAUCUUUUCCAGGCUCCAGGCGAGGAGGCAGAGACUGAGCAGGAAGAAGAGAUCUCUUUCGCUUUGUACCUGCAUGACCCUAUCCAUGGUAUCGCUUUCCACGCGAUUUCUCAGAACAUCCCGCAAACAUGGAUCGAGUGGCUGGAUGCCUCGGUUCCCGCGCCUGUCGACGAGUCUGAUGACGAGCAUGCGCAGCGAGUCGUUGUCCCCGAGGCUAUCGCCGAGAUCAUCGAGAGUGGAGGCGUCGAUCCCCGCGAGUGGGUUUCGGAGUGGAUCGAGGAGACUCUCUCGCUGGCCGCCGGUACUAUUGCGCAGCGCUACGUUGCUCGCCGGAUGGGCGUCGGAGAGGGCGGUGUUUCUAAGGGUAAGAUGCGAGCUGAGCAGGCAUCUACCGUGGACAGCGGUGCGGGAGAAGCUGCGCGUGCUAUUUAG